GUGCCCGAUAUAUACGGGGAUUCGCGCGCGGCGCCGAUCUGACGCGUCGUCAUCAACGAUUGCUAGAUAGCCAAAGCUCUUUUGUUGUUUCGGUGCUCUUCGGCUUCGUCGUCGGCGAGGGAGGGUUUGGUUUGGGAAGUUGGGGGGGAUGGAUCGGUCGAUGGAGACGGUGGAGGAGGAGGUGGAGGAGUACAGCUGGAGGGAGGUGCUGCUGCCGCGGCUCGUCCCGGUGGUGUCGGACGCGGCGCCGGAGCUGGAGCGGGAGACGGGGGAGCGCCGCCGGGGCAGGGAGCUCCUCGUCGCCGUCGACUUCGGGCCCAACUCCAAGCACGCCUUCGACUGGGCGCUCGUGCACUUCGCCCGCAUGGCCGACACGCUCCACCUCGUCCACGCCGUCUCCAGUGUCAAUAAUGAUCUAGUAUAUGAGAAAAGUCAGGAACUCAUGGAGGAUUUAGCCAUUGAGGCAUUGAAGACAUCACUGGUCCGGACCAAGGCAAGGAUUGUUGAAGGGGAUGCUGGAAAGGUUAUUUGCCGAGAGGCAGAGCGGCUAAAGCCUGCAGCAGUCAUUCUGGGCACUCGUGGAAGAGGUCUAAUUCAGAGUGUGUUGCAGGGAAGUGUCAGUGAAUAUUGCUUCCACAACUGUAAAGCAGCCCCAGUUAUCAUUGUUCCAGGCAAAGAAGCUGGUGAACAGUCUGUGCUUUAAAGGGCGGAAGAAUGAAGAUAGGUUGCAGAUGAUGGUGCGUCGGUAUGGUGUUGUGCUUUCAAUUAUUGUAAUUUUAUACGUAGUGUUGUGAAUUGUUAGCAUAUUUGUACUGGAUUGGUAUUGUUUGGUAGUGUAAUGAAGGAUGAUGGAUUGUUUAGAAGUUGGUGGAGUAGCAAGGCAAAUAUAAACACACAAAUGUACUUGUAUUGCCAUUGAUGACAUUAGUACAGUUUCUAUGAAUAAAGAAUCUUCAGCCACAAAUAUUGAUGUGGUUAAAA